AUGGAUGUCAGAUCGCAGGAGCAGAUCACAGGUACACGAAUGUCAUGGAAUAUUUGGCCCAGCACCAGGCUGGAUGCAACCCGUGUCAUCGUGCCGUUGGGCUGCCUUUACACCCCUCUGAAGGAGACAGAAGGCCUUCAGCUGGUGGAGUACGAGCCUGUUAUUUGCAAGGGACGAGACUGCGGAGCUGUACUGAAUCCUUUUUGUUAUGUGGACUUCCACUCCAAGAGUUGGACGUGCCCAUUUUGCCACACUCGAAAUCGUUUUCCUCAGCACUAUGCAGAUCACAUAACGGAGACGAAUUUGCCGGCAGAGCUCCUUCAGAUGUGCUCUACCAUCGAGUACAUCAUUCCAUCGGUCGCCUGCCAGCCGCCAGUUUUCUUGCUAGUCUUGGACACGGCGCUCAUCGAAGAAGAGCUUGACCAAGCAAAGGACUCACUCCAGCAGUCGCUGGCCAUGAUGCCGCAAAACGCUUUGGUCGGCUUUAUAACCUUCGGUGCUAUGUGCUAUGUCCACGAACUGGCCUCCACCACACUGCCCAAGGCCUAUGCCUUCCGCGGUGGAAAAGAAUACACUGCGCAGCAGGUGGCCUAUCAGUUGGGCUUCGCGUUGAAGAAUGAUCCCAGAGGGACAAUGGGUGCCCAAGCAGCAAGGAGAUUCUUGUUGCCAGUUGCGGACUGUGAGUUCACACUGAACUCCCUGCUUGACGACCUUUCUAGAGAUGCCUGGCCACUUGGUGGCCACGAUCGACGACCCUACAGGUGCACAGGAGCAGCCUUGAGCGUAGCACUCGGUUUGGUGGAAGCUACGUGCCCACAAGGCAGUGUGCGUGUGACGCUGCUGGUUGGUGGUCCGUGCAACGUUGGCCCCGGCAUGGUCGUUGGCGAGGAGCUCGCAGAGACCAUCAGAUCCCACUUAGACCUCCAGAAGGAGACGCCGAAUGCCAAGCACACGAAGAAGGCGUUGAAAUUCUACGCUUCGCUUGCCUCAAGGGCUGUGGCUUGUGGCUUCGCCGUCGACAUUUUUGCGUGCUCUCUCGACCAGGUCGGCCUUUACGAGAUGAAAGUCAUCUCUGACAAAACUGGCGGCUACAUGGUCAUGAGCGACUCCUUCAGCAUGCACGUCUUCAAGGAAUCCUUUAGGAAGAUCUUCGAGCCCGAUGAGACGGGCUACCUGAAGCUCGGCUUCAACGCGAAGAUCGAGGUUUUCACCUCCAGGGAAUUCAAAUGCUGCGGUGCAGUUGGCGGUCUAUCGUCUCUCGGCAAGAAGGGGCCCUGUGUUGCGGAAACUGAGAUCGGUGAAGGCAACACUUGCCAGUGGGUUGCCGGCUCCCUUGAUCGCAACACGACUAUUGGCUUCUACUUCGACAUCGCCCAGGCCGCCACUGCAGCUGCGGGUAAGCAAGCCUUUUUGCAGUUUCAGACUUGCUACUUGCAUCCUUCGGGAAGGAAGCGCCUCAGGGUAACUACAGUGUCACAUCGCUUCACGGAUGCGCAGAUGAGUGACAUCCAGCAAGGCUUUGACCAGGAGGCCGCCGCAGUGCUGAUGGCCCGCUAUGCGGUCUUCAAGUGCGAGAACGAGGAUCCCCUGGAUGUGCUGCGAUGGGUGGACAGAAUGCUGAUCCGUCUCGUCUCAAAGUUUGCUGACUAUCGCAAGGACGACCCUUCCAGUUUUCACUUGAGCCCGGAGCUGUCCAUCUUUCCUCAGUUCAUGUACCAUCUGCGGAGGAGCAACUUCCUGCAGACUUUCAAUGCCAGCCCAGACGAGACGGCAUACUAUCGAAUGCUAAUCCUCAGGGAGAACACCAUGAAUUCUCUCGUGAUGAUCCAGCCGGCUCUGCUGCAGUACUCCUUUGACGAGGGCCCGCCGCAACCAGUGUUGUUGGACGCGACGUCCCUCAAGCCGAACGUGAUCCUCUUGCUGGAUGCGUUCUUCCAUGUCGUGAUUUGGCGAGGCGAGAUGAUUCAAGCCUGGCAUGAAGCGGGUUACCAGGAGAAGGAGGAGUACGCAAACUUUAAGGCCUUGUUGACAGCACCGGCAGAAGAUGCGAAGCACAUCCUAGCGGAUCGAUUCCCUGUGCCGAAGUUCAUUCAGACCGCUGCGGGCGGCUCGCAAGCGCGCUUCCUCACCUCCAAGGUGAAUCCGUCCCAGACGCACAAUUCUGGACCGGGCUGGGGCGGAGGGUCCGACUCCUCUGUCGUCAUCACGGACGAUGUGUCCCUGAAGGUUUUCAUGGAACAUUUGAUAAGGCUGGCCGUCCAAUCCUGA